AUGAGACAGACAUUCUAUCCAAACAGCGCACAAUCACAAAUAACAGCUGACAAUGGGCACUACCUUUUUAAGCUCUCCAUCGGAAACCCGCCAUUGGAUGUAUAUGGCAUUGCUGAUACAGGCAGUGACCUAAUAUGGACACAAUGCGCACCAUGUCCCGGCUGCUACAAGCAGAUUAAUCCGUUAUUCGACCCAACAAAGUCGUCAACGUAUAAAGACCUUUCUUGUUACGCACAAGAAUGUCAAACAAUUGGCACUAUUACAUGUUCACUUCGACACGCUUGCAAUUACACUUAUGCGUACGGAAGUGCUGCUGUAACCCAAGGGAUCCUAUCGAAAGAGACGAUUACCAUAACAUCCACCUCAGGGAAUGCUACUUCUCUGGAAAAUAUUGUGUUUGGUUGCGGACAUAACAAUACUGGGACUUUUAACGAGAAUGAAAUGGGUAUCAUUGGCCUUGGAGGAGGGGACCUAUCCCUUGUUUCCCAAUUGAGUCCCCUUGUUGGAGGCAAAAAAUUCUCAUUCUGUUUGGUGCCAUUUCACACUGAUCCUAGCAUUGAAAGUAAGAUCAGUUUUGGGGAGGGUAGUGAAGUAUUUGGAGACGGUGUGGUUUCGACGCCUUUGGUCACCAAAGAAGACAAGACUCCAUAUUUUGUAACCCUAAAGGGGAUUAGUGUUGGAAAUAAGUUUGUGCCUUUUAAUUCAUCGGGCGAAGUUUCUAAAGGCAACAUGUUCAUGGACACCGGCACGCCUCCAACCCUAAUUCCACAAGAUUUUUAUGACCGUUUGGUGGCGGAAGUAAGGAGUCAGAUUCCGAUGACGCCAAUUGGUGAUGAUCCAAGUUUGGGAACUCAGCUUUGCUACAAGAGCAAGACUAAUCUGAAAGGGUCAAUAUUGACUGUGCACUUUGAGGGUGCUGAUGUGAAGUUAACAACAAUACAAACAUUUGUUCCACCAAAAGAUGAGGUUUUCUGCUUUGCAAUGCAAACUGUUCCUUGGGAUGUCGGUAUUUAUGGUGGAUUUGCUCAGUCAAAUUUCUUGAUUGGUUAUGACCUGGAAACAAUGGUGGCAUUUUUCAAGCCAACUGACUGUACGAAACAUCAAUAG